AUGUCGAAAAAGUUCUUGAACGCCCCCGACGACGUCGUGAGCGAAAUGCUCGACGGCGUGUGCCUCGCCACGCCCUCGAUCGCGCGCAUCGCCGAUCAGAACGUGCUCGUGCACGUUCGCGAGGGCGAGGACAAGGUGGUUGUGAUUUCAGGCGGCGGAAGCGGCCACGAACCAGCCAUGGCGGGGUAUCUCGGUCGAGGCAUGCUCGACGCCGCGGUGUGUGGGAACGUCUACGCCAGCCCGAGCGUGGAGGCGGUGCUGAGCGCGAUUCGCGCGACGACGACCGACGCGGGGGCGGCGCUCGUGGUGAUGAACUACACCGGGGACAGAUUAAACUUUGGAUUGGCCGCCGAACGCGCGAAACUCGAAGGUUUCGACGUGGAGAUGGUGAUCGUGAAUGACGAUUGCGCGCUGGCGAGCGAUCGAGUCGGGAUCGCCGGCAGGCGCGGGCUUGCGGGGACGCUCUUCGCGCAUAAAGUCGCCGGCGCGGCGGCGGACGCCGGUAAGUCUCUGAAGGAAGUGUGCGCGGAAGCGAGGGCGUGCGUCGAGGCCACGGGGACGAUGGGGGUAGCGUUACAAGCGUGCACGCUUCCGGGAUCGUCUGGCGUCGCGAGAGAGAUUGCGGAAGGGACGAUGGAGCUCGGACUCGGGAUUCACGGCGAACCGGGAGCGCACACGGCUAAGACGACGAGCGCCGAUGAAGUCGUAGAGACGCUCAUGACGAGUAUUUUCGCGCAGAAUGAAAAGAUUGGGAAACUGAGCGAAGGUUCAAACGUAGCGCUCAUGGUGAACUCGCUCGGGGCGACACCGUUGAUGGAGUUGUACGUCGCCGCCCGCGCCGCGUUCUCGUGGCUUGCGGGCGUGAAGAAAAUAAACGUCACGCACGCAUACGUCGGCACGUUCAUGAGUGCGAUCGAUAUGAACGGUUUUAGCGUCACCGUAUGUGCGCUCGAUGAUGACACUAGAGUGCAGCGCCUCGAGGCGCCGUGUUCAUGCUCCGCGUGGCCGAAGACGGCAAAACUCACUCCUGCGAAGCUCUUGUCGGUGUCAGCGCCGGCUUCCGAUAGAAACGAAACCAUCGCGAGCGGGCCACCGACGACUCCCGAGGGUGUCAUGGCGUUGAAAGCUAUCAAGCGCGUCGCAAAGGAUCUCAUCGCAGUGGAGGAUACUCUCACAAAGUACGACACCGCGGUCGGCGACGGCGAUUGCGGCACCACGAUUCGCAAGGGCGCUGAGGCUUUAAUGAAAGCUGCGGAUACUUACCCGAUUGACGAUGUCUCGGCGCUUAUGCGUGCUAUCGGGGACACAAUCCGUCAGAACAUGGGCGGUACGAGCGGCGUAUUGUACGAUAUCUUUUUCACCGCCGCGGCGGAUAAACUCGCAAAGGUUGCCAAGGGCAAAGCGCCGAGCGUCGACAUCGUCCUUCUUGCGUUCUCAACGGGCGUGCAGGCGAUGUGCCAGUACGGUGGCGCUCGCGCUGGUGAUCGCACGAUGCUAGACGCGCUCGUUCCUGCGUUAACAAUGGCGACGACGACGUAUAUGUCGAAAAAGUCUGUCAUCGAAGUUGCGUCCGAAGCCGCAAAGGCGGCUGCGAACGGCGCCGAAGACACAAAGAGCAUGAAGGCAAACGCCGGACGUUCAAGCUAUGUCAACCAAGACGUGUUGAAGGAAACACCUGACCCCGGUGCAGUCGCGGCGGCGACGUGGAUUAACGCAAUCUUUGCUGCAGUGUCUGAAAGUUGA